GGCACUCCGCUGCUGCAGAGGCAAUAGAGUUAGCCAGCCUGCCUUGUUUUAAUUUCUCCCCUCAGACCGUUUUCAGAUUUUCCUCUUCGUGUGAUCUUGUAUCUUGUUUGCAUGAAAAGACUGCACUGAUAAUCGCAGUGAACAGCGGCCCCAUGGUGUUGCGCCGAGUUCUGAGAAAACGCUGGGUACUCGGGGUUGUGUUUGGAUUGUCCUUGAUCUAUUUCUUAACCAGCACGCUAAAGCAGGAGGAGAGAACGAUUCGGGACCGGACCCUUCUCCAGGCUAGAGACCCGGAACACCGCAUCGCUUGGAAAGUGCGCUUCAACCUCGGCAACAGCAGCAGGCAGAUCACCCAGUGCAGGAACUCCGUUCAGGGCAAGCUGCUUCUCACAGACGAGCUGGGCUACGUCUGCGAGAGGAAGGACCUUCUGGUGAACGGGUGCUGCAACAUCAAUGCAGGGAGCACCAGGCAGUUCUUCUGCAAGAGCUGUCUGUCCAAUGGCUGCUGCAGUGUGUACGAGUACUGCGUCUCCUGCUGCCUUCAGCCAGACAAGCAACCUCUUCUAGAGCACUUCCUCAACAGGGCAGCUGAAGGGUUCCAGAACCUCUUCACGGCAGUGGAAGACCAUUUCGAAUUGUGUCUGGCUAAGUGCAGGACCUCCUCGCAGAGUGUUCAGCAUGAGAAUACCUACAGAAAUCCACAGGCCAAGUACUGCUAUGGAGAAAGUCCUCCGGAGCUGCUGCCUGUAUAGUCCUGCUGCCUUCAGAUUUUGCAGAGAUGGAACAAAAACAUUGCCGCGCGGACAGAGUACCAUUCAUCAGAACCGAUGCCAAACGUUGGUCAAAGGACUGUGACUAAAAGGGAAGAGGACACUGGAUUAGAAGGGGCCCACAGACCUCUCCCUGUCUCUAGCUUUGGAGCUUUCUCUGUGGGGGUAAAGCAUUUCAAGAGUGUGAUAUGCAUUUGCUUGCUGCCUUGAAGGAAGGAAGAAGAAGCUGAUGUACGUCAACCAUCUACUAAACACCGAGAAAGAAACUUCCGCUUUGAAUUUACACUUCAUAAGUGCAAAGAACGCUUCAUUACAUCAUCAGUGAUGAUCAUCAGGUUUCACUAAGUCAUCCAGGUUGAUUUCCACUUCAAAAAGAACAAGGAUUGUAUAGACUCAGUGGUGCAACAUGCCUUGCAUACAGCAAGCUAUGGCGAAUGUACUCUGAAUACAGUGGUGCUAUGUGUUCUGUGGGUGGGUUCAGAACUGCAGAUAUCAAAUGUUUGGAUGCAUCUCCAGUUUUGCUGUUUCUCAUUAAAAAAAACACUAAGGAGUUCGAUCACACAGGACAAUGUGUAUCAUGUUUGUGUUUUGCCAUUCAGGAAAAUACAUGCAGAAAUUGAAUCUGGUUAAUUGCAUUUUGAAGUGAAUUAUUUCCUGUUCAUCUCGAUGUACAGUUUUUUAAAGAAAAUGUAAUUUCAGAUACUAAAUGUGUACGUUUGAAAUGACUGGAUUUUUUCCCCUAGCAUUGUAGUUACCCAAUAAUGUGCUCGAUUGCAGGUUUGUCUUGUUCUUUAUUUGGUGGAGCCAUGGCAAAAAGAUUAUAUUGGCUCACUAGAUAAAAGUAAAAAUGUUUCAAAUGUUUGUAUUUUUUUGUUUUCUUGUUGUUGUUGUUACUUGGGUGAUCACUCCGAUACCUCAGUCUCCUUGAAACUGUAUAAGAGACCAAGGACAAUUUAAAAGUUGUUGUCGUGAUUAAUAAUAUACAUGCACAUAAAAGCCUGAGUGUAAGCAGUAUUAUGUGUUUAUCUGUGUCCUAAAAAAAUUAAUUGUACUAGAGGUUGAAUACUAAAUCUAAAAAUUACUAGUAUUCUGUAAAGCAAGCUGAUGUUAAAAAAUGUUGCUUGGCUUUUUGCAGACUUGGGCAUCAAAUGUCUGGGUCAUAAAGUACACACUAUCAGUACAAUGAAUGAUAUACAGCAAUGUAAUAUUCCUUGGUAAAAUGCUAUUUCGUUUUAUAAUUGGAAGUUCACCUAAUGUUGAUCAAUGAAAGAAUGGCAUCCAUUUUUCAUAGCCACUCCAGACUAUCUCGGUUCUUAAUUAAUUCUCAGGCUCAUUAGUCUCCAGUGUCAUUAGAAAAUAGACAAUGGGCUUGAUAUCUACAUUUUAGAAACUGGCUUAUUCAAAAAACGCUACCCAGCUACUGAUAAUGAAAGGCAAAGGCCUCUGUUUGACACUGCUGAAUCAUAAGACUGUUGUCUGUGUGCUUUUUAAAUGAAGCUUAGACAUGAGAUGCAGGACAUAUAUAAUGUAAUUUAUCUUCUUGAUUACUAUCAAAAAGAUAACGGGGCAUGAUAAUUAAAUAACAUUAUCCAUGUUUUUUUUUUUUUGAUGCUGUUGAUUAAUGAGGGUCAAUUGUUUUUCUUUGUAGAAUGAUAUAGCCCAAUUGAUAAACCUGGUGAAUUUCAUUUAAGAAAGUGUUAUGGAACUUUGGUGGAAACCUUACUGUGCCAGCUAGAUAAUGAGUAUUCUCUUGAGCUGCGUAUCAGGUAUCCUACCCAGGGCUAAAGCUGUGUUUUUUGGCAUCUCUUCAGAGGUCCUUGUAUGAUACAGAAUGUACUAAUGAAGUUGUAUUUAAAAAAAACUAUCAAGUCAUAAACAGGCCAUUAUACAUCUA